GAGAGAGAGACUAACAACUAAUAAACUUUAACAGUGGAAGCAGAAUGGCAGCAGUAGAAGCAGUAGUAGUGGUAGCAGUAGUAGUAGCAGCAGAAGUAGCAGUAGCAGGAGUUCAAGUUCCAAGUCACAGUGUCAGGGCCAAGGAUGGAGGAGGAGAGGAGUGGAGGAGGAGGAGGAGGAGGAGGAGGAGGAGGAGGAGGAGGAGAUGGUGAGCGAGGCAGUGGGAGUGGAGACGGAGGUAGUGGUGGUGGUGGUAGAGGAGGCGAUGGUGGUGGUGGUGGUGCUGGUGGCCAGGCGAAUGUAGGCCAAACACUCUCAGUCUGGUUGUGGCGGUGAUCGCUGGAGGUGGUGUGGUACGACCCGCUCUAUCUUUCACCCAGGAUACCCCAACCCGCUUCCACUACUACCACUAUUACCACGGGUGCUAAAUAACCAAUAACACAGCGGUCCCAACAGGUGGAAAAUUUAUCGUGUCUCAAAGCCCCGUCUGUAAUUGAUCUAACCCGCCCAGUGCCCAGGAUUGUACAAGAGAGCAAAGGAGACGUGAAUGUGUGUGCCAAGCUUUACCUGCUGUGUUCCAGGAGUGCUGCAGCCUGCCUUGUGUGACCCAGGCCCCCCGCCCUUAGGGGAGUGAGGGAAGAGAAGGAGAGAGGGAGAGAAGAGAGAGGGAGAGCAGAGAGGAGGCCAGGCGCCGCCCCAUCAGAAAAGCAUGCCUUGUCUCCCCAACUGAGCCCCCGCCACGCCGCCCACGCCCCAGCCCCCAGCACAGCCCCAGCACCCCCACAGAGCACCCAUGAAAUUCUACCCCCAGCCCGCGGACUCCCCCGAUGGUGUGCAGGCGUGGGCUCAUGAGGACCUUCUCGAGCCCCGCUACGCCACGGACACCAAGACCGCCAUGGACCCUCUGGACUCCUUCCUGCGCGACCUGCCGCCCCCCAACACCACCUUCGCGGAGCUCAAGCCCCUGGAGCCCCUGGACUACCUGACGGCCUCCCCGGACACGUCAGCCUCCUCGCGCCAUGACACGUCCUCCACCUCGUCCAACUCCCCCGGCAGCCAGUACAAGGGCGCCAUCACCAACAGCAACACGUUCCUUGGGUACGCCGGCGGCCCCGAGCCCGUGACGACCACCACGGCGCUCACCCCGCACAAGCCCGAGCCGCCGCACCACCACCCCGGCUACUCCAUCACGCAGGAGAUCGACGACAUCGCGUCCAUCAUCGGCAGCGCCAUUGCGGACAACAGCGUCAACACCAGCAUCAACAACAUCAUGCUGCCGGAGUCCCUGGAGCCGCUCAACGCCCCGGAGUUCCAGGAUAUCGAGGCGUUCUUCGAGAACAUGAGCGGCGGCGUCAAGGUGGAGCCCGCGGACCCGCUCGUCAACUCCACCAUGUCGCCCUCAGACCAGUCCCCCUCUAUGCCCGUGGUGGCCCAGGCCUCCACCACCAGCGUGGGCCACACCACCAUAGAGUACGCUAGCACGCCCACGCACUCGCCCAUGCUGUCGUCGCUGCUGGCGGCGGGCGCGGUCACUAAUAACAACUACCUGCCGGGGAUGGUGACGGAGGCGCAGUACAAGAGCGAGAUCUCCAUGCCCAUCCUGCAGUCGCGCCUCAUGCAGGGUCUCAAGGACGUGGGUGGCGGCGGCCUGCUCAAGGCCGACCCCAUGUUCGCCCGCUCGCAUUACUACAGCCACAAGGACGCGCAGCCGCACACCACAGACCCCACCGCCUUCGCCGUCACCACCACGGACGACCUCUUCACCAGCAAGCUGGACACCAGAUCCUACCUGGACAAGACGCAGUUGGCCUCGCCCGAGUCCACCGACCUCUCCUCCACCAAGAUCGGCCUGGACUUCCCGGGGCUCAAGAUCAGCAAAGGGCGCAGCCGCAAGCAGCAGAGUACAAAGCUCCCCAUCACCACGGAGGGCACCAAGGACAAGCCCGUCCACCGCUGCACCGUCUGUAACCGCGGCUUCCUCAACAAGUCCAACAUCAAGGUGCACCUGCGUACGCACACCGGCGAGAAGCCCUUCAAGUGCGAGACCUGCGGCAAAUCCUUCCGGCAGAAGGCGCAUCUGCUCAAGCACUACCAAAUCCACAAGAGAGUCGCCAGGGACUGAACGCCGCCAUCUUAACUACUCACUACCACCACAACCACUACUUCUACUGCUACUACUACUACUACUACCACACGUCCCUCGAAAGACAAAGGGAAUGUUAUCUGUGUUUCUUCUUC